ACCUUUUCGAGCCUGCAAUCUCGACAACGUCCUCUCUUCAACAACACCCUAUUCCUGUACGCUCGAACCGCACGAUAUAACUCCGUAAUUCGACUGACAGUACCUCCAGAUCGUUCUCGGAAUAAACAGUCAAGAUGACGAAGGGAACGAGUUCUUUCGGAAAGAGGCACAACAAGACGCAUACUCUCUGCCGGAGAUGCGGUCGCCGAAGCUUGCACAUCCAGAAACACACUUGCGCCAACUGCGGAUAUCCUGCUGCUAAGGUCCGAAAGUACGAGUGGAGCGAGAAGGCCAAGAGACGCAAGACCACCGGUACUGGUCGCAUGAGGUCUUUGUCCCUGGUUUCAAGAAAAUUCAAGAACGGCUUCCAGACUGGCACACCCAAGGGCUCUCGAGGACCUUCCAAGGCAUAAACGAGCCGACAUUUUCCAAGUGGUUUUUCGACAAUGAUUUCUCGUUGAAGAAGUGGGAUAAAUCGGACCGGGCGUAAACGAAAAUCGUAUUGUGCAUAUCAAAAAAGCAUUGAAGCGAUGGAAGGAGAGGAAUGUUCGUGGAUGAAGAGGUGAUAACGACCGACUUCUAAGCAAAGUGCGUGAUUGAGGUUGAAGGCCUUGCAAAGGGCAGGCGGCCAGGUCUUGUGGCAUCAGAACUUGCAUUGGCAUCUGCCAUGCUCAAGGAGCACGCUGAGUACGUGGUCAACCGGCUCAAAUCAACCCGUUGAGAAAUGAGAUCAAUUGCGUCUACUUCUUGUUCCACUCGUGUGACAUACAAAGUACCAUGUGUAGACUGGAUCGUAGUCUCGUCAAAGACAGUGCCCAUGAGCCCAUUUUCAGAUCUUCCCUGUAGUUGCAUGACUUCCAGUCCUGCUAAGCCAUGAAAUGUUUUUCUCGAGAGUGAAUGAGUAUCUCAUUCACGCUGAACGCCAAAUUCUCAGAAAGCCUCCGCCUAAAUCCUUGUAACUCACGUUUUCUACGACUUUUACAUCCGAUCCAACAACCACCACCGUCGACACCACCAUAAUGCCAACAGCCAUUCCACCCACUCUCGCCGCAUACAUUCAAGCCUGUCUAGCUGCUCGCACACAGACACUGGUGACAUCAGUCCUAAGCACGCCGUCGCCAUGGCUCUGCCUACGGCUCCUGUACGCCGCGCUUCAUGGCAUUGAAGGCCAGACUCUGGACCGUUCGGAGCCUGUGUCGAGAGACUCCCGGCCAGUCAUCUUCGUGAGUCUACUCAGGCCACUCAGUCUGUGGACUGAGACGGGUAGGAAGUUGGGCCUAGAUAUCCCGGAUCUGCUCAGGAGCAAGAAAAUCAUAUACAUUGAUGGGCUCAGCCUUGCGGCCAGCUCUACGUCAAACCCGAGGGCUGGCCCUGACGGUUUGCUUCCGCCCACGCUGAAACUAAAAUCACUCGGUCUGAACGAUCUACGAGACGCUGUUAAUACAGCGUUGAAGAGUAUGUCUACUCCGCCAGCUGCACCUAUGUUACCAUCAUCGAGAGGGCUUCCGGCUGGUACACCUUCGCCUCGGACGCCUCAACCUGCCUCAACACCUACCCCCGUCCUCCCGACCAACACGAAGCCGAUCAUUCUGUUAGACGGUGUCGACUUCUUACUCGCCUCGGUGCCAAACAUGUCCACCCUGGCAUUAGGAUCGGUCCUCUCGAUGUGGAGGGCACAAUGCCACGCAUUGAUGAUCACUGCUAACGCCGAUGCGCCUUUGCUCCAUACUGCCACGUCCCAUGAUUCUGGUACACCAUUGGAACGAGAUCAUGCACACUUCCUGACCAGUAUGGCGCAUCAGAGUCGAUGGGUGUGGCAACUACGCGGGCUGGAUACAGGAAGUGCAAAGGACGUGACGGGCGUGCUGAGGAUAAGUCGAGGAGGAGACCUAAACUUCGAGGAAGGGAGUAGUGGUGCUGGAGCCCAGUCCCAUACAAGACUUGACGACAUGCCAGAUGCAGAAUGGCUGUAUCAGCUCAAAGGUGACGGCUCGGUUAGAAUCUGGAGUCGUGGUGAAUGAGUUGACGUUAGUAAUUCGUGAAUCCUACCUAUGUUAGGUACAAAGACCGAGGCUGAUGCUGCUGCUGGAGCUUCUUGUACCACACUUUUUCUCUGGCUCCUAUGGCCAGACCCUUCAUUUCUUGCUCGCCUCGCUGAAACGUCCAUUUUCU